AUGGCAGACUCUGACGACAGGCUGUUCUACCUCCGCGACCUUGCCGAGAUCGAGCCGCCUCGCGAUAAAUACGACCUGUGCGCCGCGCCACUUGCCAACACCCAGCUUUCGGACAUCUACAAGGCCGUUCCGCCGCCCGCCUGGGCUGGCCUCGCGGAGGAGAUCUGGGUGCCUCGCCCCACAGAAGGUGACCCAGCAGUUGAGCGGAUGCGCGCCCUCAUCCGACGGAACGCAGUGGCAAAGCGGGACGCAGCGGCAUCGAGGAGCCCAGGCGAUAGGCAAAUUCCGAUGGGGCGCGACGAGAGAUCCACGCUCCUCUCGCGCGCGAAGGUUGGCGUGAAAAGCCGAGACAGGCGCGGUAGCAACAAGCCGCGGCGUGGUGCAGGCAAGAGCGGGGUGUGGGGGUCAAAGAGCUACAAGGGGGCGGCGACGCGGCUGUUGAACCACCCGUACUUUGAGGUGAGCAUUUUGUUCCUCACCAUCUGGGCCCUGUUUGCCGAGGAUGAUGCCUACAUCCGUUCCUUCUACUUUUGGCUCGAUGUCGUCGCCGCGGGCGCCAUGGUCCCCGAUUGCAUGCCGCUCUUCCUCGACACGGGGGAGGCGUCUGGCACCGACGCCUCGGCCGCCGCGCGUGCCGGACGCAUUGCGCGCGCCGGCACAAAGGUCGGGCGGCUGCUGCGGCUGCUGCGGGUGGUGCGGGUGAUCCGGUUGCUCUUCACCUCUUCCGGGAGGUCCGACGGAGUGGCUAUGUACAACCCGUCACAGCUGGGGCGCGAGCUCAAAAGCCGUAUCGCAAAGACGACGGUCCUUUUCAUCCUGCUGCUGCUCUGUGGCGACGCGCUGCUCAAGGCCAUCUUUGAGCGGCCAACGACAGACGCGACCAUCGAGGUUGCCCUCGCCCAGCUAUAUCUCUCGUCCCGGGACGCCUACGCUUCGGGCGGCAAUGGCUUUGACUUUCAGCGCAUCUUCCUGCCGGCCUUUCUCGCCAUGUUUGAGCGUGGCUUCCCGUUCGUCGGCGCCGCAAACGUGCUCGUGCGCCUCCGCCCUGUUUGUAGGGCGCUUGACGGCGCCGAGUAUGGCGCGGCCGGCAACGGGCCCGCAACUGCGGUUGCGCGGUUGAUGGACUGGCAGGAGGGUGGCAUGUUUCCUGCAUCCACCCCUUGCUCCGACUCCGGCUGCUACCCAUUCUCCUUCGAUGCCGGCGACUAUCCUGGCUGGCUUGACCUCGCUCGGUCGGACUCGGCCACGCAGCACCGACCGCUGCCCGCGAAGGCCUUCCCGCCGCCGUACGAGGACGCCUCGCCGUUCUACCCGCUGUGCAGCGACUACUCCGUCUUCCAGGACCCAACAGCCUCCUACAAAUACUGCCCGUGGAGCGUCUACCACCUCCGUGUGGACGAAAUGUUCCCGGUGCUGCUCUAUGCCGAUGGUACGACGAACUCCGUCUCGGAGGGCUUCAACGCGGCGCUGGAAAGCAACAUUCAAUCGAUCUCAAGCAACAAUAAGACGGUCGUGGCCGAGCUGUGGUACACGAAGCGGCCCCUCAGGAGCGUCGAGGCCGUCCUGUCGGUCCUGUUCACGCUCGUCGUCUGUGCCGUCCUGGGCGCCGUUUCCUUCCUGCUUUCGCGCGACGCUGAACAGGCGUCAUCCUACACGCUCCUCGCCUCCGCUAUGGUGAUCCAGCCGAUCGAAAAGAUGGUGGACGCGGUGACCCGGCUAGCAGCCAAUCCGGCCUACAAGCUUGAGGCGGUGCAGGAGGUCCGGGACGAGACGGACGCACUCUAUGCCUCACUUAUCAAGAUAGCGUCGCUACUCCAAGUCGGGUUCGGCGAGGCGGGGAACAAUCUCGUCGCAGAAAACUUGAAGAAGGGGGACACGGUCGACCCGAUGGUGCCUGGCCGUGUGGUCAAGGGCGCCUUUGCCUUCUGCAUCAUCGACAACUACGAGGAGGUGCUCGAGUGCCUGGGCGAGGAGAUCCUCCCCUUUACCAACACCGCGGCCGAGAUUGUUCACGGGCACGUCGUCGCUCAUGGAGGUCAGGCCAAUCGCAACCUCGGCGAGGCUUUCCUCUGCGUGUGGAAGCCGAGCCUCGACGGGCUGGUUGAGGGCGCUGACUACGAGGUGGAGGCGGCACCCGAACGGCUCUCAGACCUCCCCCCACUUGGGAGUGCCGCGGCACAGGCUGCCGACACGAGGAUGUGCGACGGUGCCCUCACGGCGAUCCGCAACGCGGUCCGCAGCGUGCAGUCUUCGGCCAAGCUGCAGGCAUACAACGGGCACGCGGCGAUCAUCCGCGCCUUUGACCGCUGCUACAGCACGAAGAUCGGGUAUGGCCUACACUUUGGGUGGGCCAUUGAAGGGGCAGUCGGCACCAACAUCAAGAUUGACUGCUCGUACCUGUCGCCCAACGCGCGCCUCGAGUCGGCGACGAAGAUGUACGGCGUGGCCGUUCUUCUCUCCGAGCACUUUGUCGCCAAGCUCUCGCCCUCAGGCUCAUCCAUUCCCAUGGCGAUAUACACCGACGACCGCUCCAACGCCCUCCACUGCUCGCGCGAGGCGGUCAUGCGGCUGGGCGAGGGGGCGGUGGUGGCCGAGUUUCAGCGCCGCUUUGGCAAGGCGCGCCAGGAAAGUAGAAGCAGCUGCACUCCAGCACGUAGCCGCUCGGGUCUGGACGGCUUUGUCGCUGGCGACUGGGGCGCGGCGCGGCGCCAUUUGGAGGUGGCGCUCGAUAUUUGCCCGCACGACAUGCCCUCCCACAGGCUGAUGAGGCACAUGGACAGCGAGGCAAACUCGCCUGACCUCGGCCUGGCAACGAAGCCGUUUGUGGCGCCAAGCGGCUGGCUGGGCCACCACAAAUUACUGUCCAAGUGA